AAGGUAAGGCUUGCUUUUUAUUACAGUUAUGUGUGUGUAUGUUAUAUAGGGUAUGAAUCUAAAAAUGAACUUUUAAAGCAUUUAGACCUCUGAAGCCUUUAGUUUGAUAACAUGCAUAAGUAAUUAGUAAUUAUCUAUUAUUAUUUAUUAUCAUGUUACCUUUGUUAAUAACUAAUUAAUUCAUUUCUAAAUGUGAAAGUUGGGUUGAAAAAUAAAUGACCACCUCCAUGCGUUUCUCACGUUCCUCAGAUGGUUUUGUUGGUGCAUAUUACUCUAUUUUCUGGAUCUCUGGUAUUUAUGACUGGAAUGUAUAAUGUCAAUGCCUGGACUUACCAUUACAACAUCGACAGUAAGUUGGACUGGACAGCAGCUCGUCAGUGGUGUCAAACGCAUUUCACGGAUAUGGUGGCCAUCCAAAACCAGGCAGAAAUUGCAUACCUCAACGAAAUCCUCCCCUUCCAUCGGGCAUACUACUGGAUUGGCAUUAGGAAGAUUGACGGCCAUUGGACAUGGGUUGGGACCAAAAAGCGCUUGACCGUCGAAGCAGCAAACUGGGCGACAAAUGAACCGAAUAACCAGGGGACUGGAGAAGACUGUGUGGAGAUUUACAUCAAGAGGAACAAAGACACUGCCAAGUGGAACGACGAGAGGUGCAGCAAGAAGAAAGCAACUGUGUGUUAUUUAGCCUCUUGCACUGAGAUAUCCUGCAGUGAGCAUGCUAGGUGUGUGGAGACUAUUGGGAACUACACAUGUCAAUGUGACGCUGGAUUCAUGGGUCCACGCUUUGUCCAGUGCCAGCCAGUUGAAAACCCACAGCAAGGUCUUGUGAAGUGUGACGGCGCCUUUGGAGAGUUUAACUUUAACUCAUCAUGCCAGUUCCAAUGUGCCACUGGUUUCAAUCUGGUGGGGGCAGAGAGGAUACACUGCUUGACAACAGGACAUUGGAACGACACCCUUCCUGUUUGUCAGGCUGUCAAAUGUCAGGCAAUCAUUGAUGCCCCUCGUGGUUGGACAAUGAUCUGCACUCAUCCGCUUUCCAUGAAUAGCUUCAACUCCAGCUGUGAGUUUGAGUGUAAGGAGGGUUUUGAGCUCAAUGGUUCAAAGACAACCUGGUGUGACCACACUGGCCACUGGACAGACAAAGCCCCCACUUGCACAGUGGUGACCUGUAAUCCCCUCCUGGCCCCUGCAAAUAGCAGUUUGGCCUGUGCUGAUCCACUGGGAAAAUCCUCCUUCCGUUCUUCUUGCAAUGUUACCUGUGAUGAGGGAUACAAACUAAGAGGAAGAGCCGCACUAACCUGCCAGAGAGAAGGCAACUGGUCAGCACCAUUGCCUGUAUGUGAAGUGGUAAAGUGUGACUCACUGAAACCCAUCGCGAACGGCUCCUACCAAUGUCAUGACUCUGUCGAUGAGUUUUCUUAUGGCUCCACUUGUUGGUUUAAAUGUGAUUCUGGUUUUGUCCACAAUGGUACAAAUUCCACUCACUGCACCAAACAGGGGAACUGGAGUCAUAUAUCACCUAUUUGUCAUGCUGUACAGUGUCCUCCUCUCUCUGAUACACCAAAAUAUGGAAGUGUGAGCUGUGUACACCCCCUGUCUACCAAUAGCUACAACUCCAGCUGUGAGUUUAAGUGUGAGGAGGGUUUGGUGCUCAGAGGCACAGAUUCCACUCAUUGUGAUCACACUGGGCACUGGACAAACACAGCACCUAUUUGUACAGCUGUUGCUUGUGACCCUCUCGUGACCCCUGUGAAUAGCAACCUGACCUGUGCCAAUCCAUUAGGGAAGUUCUCUUUUCGUACUUCUUGUGAGGUUAUUUGUGAGGUGGGAUACAAACUCAGAGGAGAUACAACACUCAACUGUCUGAGUAAUGGCAACUGGUCAGCACCAACGCCUGCAUGUAAAGUCAUAAGAUGUGAAGCUCUGGAGUCUGUUCAUCAUGGUUCUGUACACUGUCAUGACCUGCUGGAGGAGUUCAGCUAUGGCUCUGAGUGCUGGCUUGAGUGUGAAGCUGGAUUUACUUUGAAUGGAACUAAUUCCACUUACUGCACCUCACAAGGGAAGUGGAAGCAGGAGCUUUCUGUCUGUCAAGCACAGCAGUGCAGCUCAUUAACUGACCCCUCUCAUGGUAGUUUAACCUGCACACAUCCCCAUGGACAGUUCAGCUUUGGUACAGUGUGUGAAGUAAGCUGUCAGGCAGGCUUCAAACUGCACGGCACACCCAAAAUGGAGUGUUUGGAGAUGGGGAAGUGGACAGACACCCCACCCUUUUGCUUGGCUCAAGAGUGCCCUCUUUUGAGCGCUCCAGAAAAUGGCUGGAUGAAUUGCUCUCAUCCUCACUCUCUGUUUAGCUAUGAAUCCCAGUGUCUUCUGGGGUGUGAGACUGGCUUUGAGUUAACAGGAGAGCCAGAUAUACAGUGCUCAGCUUCUGGGAACUGGAGUCAGGAGAUGCCUUCGUGUGCUGUUGUUCAUUGUGAGCCCCUCUGGCUUACUCAUCUUUCUGAUCUGGGACCUCCACCCUCAAUGAACUGUUCUCACCCCCAUGGAAACUUUAGCUUUGGAUCUCAGUGUAUGUUCUGGUGUGCAAACAGUCAUGAGCUCAAUGGAACCAGUCAGCUUGUCUGCACCUCCAAUGGGUACUGGACUCAUUCACCACCCAUUUGUGUUGUAAAGGAGAUGUCAGUGAGUGCCAGUAUGCUGAUAUAUGCUGCUGUGGGAGCUGUUUCUUCAGCUGGUUUACUUUUACUGGGUGGACUUAUAUUUUUGUUGACUCGCCAAAUCACCAAAAAAGCUCAUUACAGUCUGAAUAAAUCCUCAUUGGAAGGAGACUUAAACCUGGCAUUUGAAUUAAAUUAAAUCUAUGUCAAUUCCUACUAAAUGAAAUUGUUCAUGUUGUUUUGUACUUGCAAUAAAUGAAUUAAUACGUGAA